GCGGCGUCUCCUGCAAACUCUCCCCGAACUUACUGCGAGCUGAGAAGGAGAAGAGUCGAGGAGCGGAGAAUGAACUGAGGAGGAAGAGGAGGAAGAGGAGGAGGAGGAGAGGAGCCGUUCACUCUCAUUGAUCCAGUAUCGAGUAAAGAUGCAGCCGGCUUCUGCUGCGGUUCUGACUCUGCUGAGUGUUUUCUUCGGCCUCGGCUGCCUGUCGGCUCAUCGGUCCAAACCCGACCAGAAUGACAGGAACGCUCAGAGCGACGAGGCCGGAGAGAAGAAGAAGAACCAGCCGCACAUCGUGUUCAUCCUCAUAGACGACCAGGGUUUCAACGACAUCGGCUACCACAACCCGACCCUCAAGACUCCGACUCUGGACAAACUGGCGGCGGAGGGCGUGAAGCUGGAGAACUACUACGUUCAGCCCAUCUGCACGCCGUCACGCAGCCAGCUGCUCACCGGCAGAUAUCAGAUCCACACGGGCCUCCAGCACUCCAUCAUCAGACCCAGCCAGCCGAGCUGCCUGCCGUCACACAUGGACACUCUGCCCGAGAGGCUCCGCGAGGCCGGCUACGCCACGCACAUGAUCGGGAAGUGGCACCUGGGCUUCUACAGGAAGGCCUGCCUGCCCACCAGGAAAGGUUUUGACAGUUUCUUCGGUUCUUUAACAGGAAGUGUGGAUUAUUACAGUUACGGGUCCUGCGACGGCCCGGGGUUAUGCGGGUACGAUCUCCAUGAAAACGAGGGCGUGGCGUGGGGCCAGGAAGGGAAAUACUCGACCACGCUCUUCACACAGCGAGCUCGUAAGAUCCUGGAGAGUCACGACCCCACGGAGAGGCCGCUGUUCCUGCUGCUCUCCCUCCAGGCGGUUCACACGCCUCUACAGACUCCCAAGUCCUACAUCUACCCUUACCGAGACAUGGUGAACGUCGCCAGGAGGAAGUUCGCCGCCAUGGUGUCCACGGUGGACGAGGCGGUCCGAAACGUCACCUACGCCCUGAGAAAGUACGGAUACUACCGGAACAGCGUCAUCGUCUACUCCACCGACAACGGGGCGCAGCCGUUCACCGGGGGGAGCAACUGGCCGCUGCGAGGCCGAAAGGGAACGUACUGGGAAGGUGGAGUCCGCGGAGUGGCGUUUGUCCACAGCCCGCUGUUGAGACGCAGGAGACGAGUCUCCACAGCUCUGCUGCACAUCACCGACUGGUUCCCCACUCUGGUGGGCCUGGCCGGGGGAAACAUCAGCCGGAGUCACGGCCUCGAUGGUUUUGAUGUUUGGCCCGCCAUCAGUGAAGGGAAGGACUCGCCUCGUCAGGAGAUCCUGCACAACAUCGACCCUCUGCACAAACCUGCACAGACCAUGAGCUGGGAGGCCAACAGACAGAGAGCAGCAGGAAACAAACCAGAAGGCCCGGCCUUCAAGAAACCGAAGAAGAAGAAGGCCCCGAGGCUGCAACCGCAGCAGAAGUCAGAGUUCAAGUUAAAGACCAGCAAGAAGUCGAAGCCAAAACUUAAAUCCAAGCCUCCUCCGAAACUGAAGGUUAAUCCUCUCCAGAAAUCUAAACUAAAACCCAAACUCAAGACCAGAAACUUCCCUCAGAACCAGAAACUGACACAUUACAAGCCAUUCCUGAUGUCCAGCGGUGCUCCGUCAGCGUCGGGAACCUCCCGCCCAAAAUCCUUGAAGCCUCAGGUCCAACAGAGAGCAAAGUCGAAAUCCAGACGGACCACAUCCCAGAAACAGAACCUGUCCCGGUCUAGACCACCUCAACCCAAAUCCAAGAGACAGCUUAAAUUACUCUUAAAGUCAAAGUCCAGACAGACAUUUUCCAAAUACCAAAACACGUCCCAGUCCGGGACGCUGCUGCCCAGAACUCAUCACACGCCCCAGUUCCGGCUCCAGUUGUUCCAGCCGGUCUGGGACACGUCGGUCCAGGCUGCCAUCAGAGUCGGAGACUGGAAGCUGCUGACAGGAGACCCAGGCCACGGAGACUGGGUCCCCCAACAGGUUCUCUCCACUUUCCCCGGUUCCUGGUGGAACCUUGAACGAUCCGUCGCGUCCUUCCACAAACCCUCCACCCACAGAAACGUCUGGCUGUUCAACAUCACAGCCGACCCGUGCGAGCGGCGGGACCUGUCAGACCAGAGGCCAGAUGUGGUCCAACAGCUGCUGGCCCGACUCGCCUACUACAACCAAACAGCUGUGCCGGUUUAUUUCCCCCCCGACGACCCUCGAGCCAACCCCAACCAGCACGACGGGGCCUGGGUGCCCUGGGUGGACGAAGAGGAGGACGAGGAGGGAAAAUAUCAGGGAGUGUACAAGAAAGGUCGGAACAGCCGGAAGAAGAAGAAGAAGAAAAAGUGCCGCGUGUGCAAGCUGCAGACUUUCUUCCUGAAACUGAACACCAGGAUGAUGUCCAACCGGAUCUGAGGCGACAGUCGGACACGUUCUGACAAUGUUGUGUGUUGUUUUUAAUCGUUACGUCGUCGCUUCCUGGAUCGAGUGAAGCAUCGCGAAGAACAGGUGAGUUGGCUCCUCCUCGCUCAGAUGAAGCGAAACUCUCUAAAAAUACUCUCUACAACACGUCUUUUCACAGGCUGGAAUCAAGAACCGGAUCCAGUUGAGUAAAAAAUUCUCUGAUCUUGCGUCUACGCUGCUGGAAACUUUCAACAAGGAGGAGUCACGGUGGAGAGGAAGAUACGAGGAGCGAUGGCGACAGUGCUGGUUGUAAUGUCUGUGAACUUAUCAUUCAAGUUUAAGGGUGGAGAACAUCUUCUUUUUACGCAACGCGAGCUUCCAGGAACGCCACGUGUUUGACGCCGUGUAAACAUCCCGUGUUUUAAUAAAAUCAGCACCAACGCAGGCCGGCUGAGCAGAGUUGUUUAAAACAAAUGCUGUGCUUUGGGCCACAGCCACCGUGACUCACCCGUCAAUGUGUUCGGACUCAAGAGAUAAGAAAACAGCUGCAUCGGUGCGGGAAAAAAACCUUUUAAUCCCACCAGAAAAUUGAUCUGGAAUCAGUCAGGGAAUCGAUUAAAAAAGUACAGAUUAGCGUUAGAGUUGAUAAUUGCAUCUUGUUCAUUCCUCUCCUUAUUUUCUACGUGUUCUUUUAAAAAUCAUGUUAAUUUUUUUAGAUUCAAAAGCAUUUCUAUGUCAUUUAUAAUAAGUUGGUUCACUCAAAUCAAAUCAUAUUUAAUCACUCGUCCCUGUGAUAUCUGGUCACGCGGGUACUGUAGUUUCUCUAACAGUGGUUGUACUUUGUUUCCAAAUAAAAACUGUUGUUGUUGAGAUAAAUGCAGCCAUAAUAAAUUCAUACUUGGGCUGAAAACAUUUGAAAAUCUCAACACAAGAAUGUGAAAGUGAGCAGGAUAAUGUUUCUUUUUUUUGUAAAUUUGUGUGAAUUGACCCUUUAACUUGUUGUCUGUUCUGGUGAUAAGCUGGUUUUCAAACCGCUCGUCUUCACUGUUUUGAUUACUGUUACUGUCACAUGAUUUACUGUGUGUGAUUUUACAAACUGUGUGUCGACUGUUUACCUAUAAUUAGAAUCUGACAGAGUUCUGACCCGACAGGACCGACACCGUGUGGCAGUAAAGUGUUUUUUGAUUAUUUUGACACUGUAAAUGAUUUUACUAUGUUUCUGUAACUUCGAGCACGAUGGAGCAGAGAGCCAUUGUUUUAUAAAGAGUCUGUGUGAAGUGAUGAACACAGAUUUAAUGUGUUUACACCAACAAAUCAUCCGUUAACGUCCCAGAUCUUUGUUUUGAAGCAGAUGUUUACUUUUUACAGUGAAAGUGUUUGUUCAUGAUUAUUAUUUCUAUAAUUAUAUUACUGUUUUCGUCUCUUGAUUUAAGGAGGUUUUAAUAUUUUGACAUUUUCAGGGACACGUCCCAGUGAAUGAUUCUCGAUGUGCUGUUUUUUUUUCUUUUCUGUAUCACUGUGGCUGACAGACGUUUGGAUGACGUGGCUGUUUGAACGUAUCGUCGGCGUCAAACACAUGUUGACUUUUAAUUCAAUGUUUGUGAUUUUAAAGGUAUCGUGACGUAGAAACUGAGAUUGGCUUGUCUUUAUUGUUCGUGAGGCUUUUCUAGGUGCUUUGUAAACACAGUGAAAGCAUUAAAAAGCAACGAUCAACAGAGAAAUGCACACAGGAUUCAGAAACUGCGCCGUUAAACGAGCCGUUAGGACUUCCGUGAGGUCGUGAUGUCACAACUGUUCCGUCGCCGCCACUAGACGGCCAUUUUCCUCUGACGUCACACUCAGGAUGGGACGUUACAGAGUGGUUCUGCUGUGUUCCAGUCCAACUAACCGUUAUCAUUCAACAUCUAACUGAUCAGCAACUUAAAGAUGGACGGUGAAAACGUGGCUACGUAUUGUUCUGUAUGUUAGCUAACGUUUGAAAGCUAAUAUUAGCAUUCAACCGCAUCCUUGCUAACAUUACUUUGUGAUUACGCUAAGAGUUCGUUGCGAUACGAGUCCUAAAUUAAUCCUGAGGAAUAUCAGCACACAUCUUGGACACAUUUAUUGAAGCCUGGAAGUGAAACACACUGGACCAGACAAUAAUAUCCUCACAACUUAAUGCAGUUUAUCGUGGGCCGAGACUCGGAGGUCCGUUCAGUAGCAGCUUCCUUCUCCCUCCACUCGUCGCAUCGCAGAAAGCGUUUUACCCGCAUUAGAAAAACGUCUUUGAAGUGAGAUGUUGGGUUUUCUCCGUCUGAGCAGGACACCUUACCUCUAAAUAUUUCAGUCUUGUUUGCUCAACAUCCGGCACCACGACAGUCUGAGCGUGCAGCCGGGCGGCCCCGAGGGAGCGCUUGAUUUCUCCGCCCUGAGUAAAUAAAGGUCAAAUAAAAUUUA